AUGAUUUGUAUGUUCACUUACCUACAACACCGUACACGUCCGGUCUCUCCCCUCCUCUCUCUCUCUCUCUCUCUCUAUCUCUCUCUCUAUCUAUCUAUCUAUCUAUCUAUCUAUCCCUCUCACAUUCAUUCUCUCUCUCUUUCUAUAUAUAUUGAAAAUAUCUAUCUAUCUAUCUAUCUAUCUAUCUAUCUAUCUAUCUCAGUCCGUUUCUAUCUAUCUAUCUAUCUAUCUAUCUAUCUAUCUAUCCAACUUAAUCUCUCAUUAACAAUUUUGCUGUUCUUCCACUCCAUGUUUUCAAUCCAUGAUUCCAAAAACAACUCCCUGUAUUUGCAUGUGAUUGAUAACAACCAUCUCUAUCUCCAAAAUCAGAGGGAUUUUUUAUUUCUUUCCCUCCUUACACUUCCUUCGACUUUCCUUUUAAUUAUCUCCUCCCACUCCUCUAUUUCCUCUUCCAUUUACUUUCCUCUUUUUUCUCAUCUCUUUUCUCUUUCUUUUUAUUCCCCUUUUUUUCAUUUACUCUACGCUUUCCUGCAUCCUUAUUUUAGUAGCUUCCUUGUUUUUUUUUCUGUUUCUCUUUUUCUUUCUUUCUUUCUUUUGUUCUUUCUUUCUCCCCCUCUCUCACACUCUCUCUUAUUUUUAUUUCCCUCUUUUAUUACACUCUUUUCUUUGUCUCUUUUAACAACAGCAGGGCUAUAG